CCAUCUCAGCUCACACAAGCGUGCAUGCAUUGGAACGGCAUUCAUACAUUCAUACAGUGACUGCAUUCACUCCUCGCCACCGUUGCUCAACAAGUUAACGUUUGGAAUAAUCAAAUGAUGUCACAUCCGCUGUUAUUAAGCUCGCCUUGGUAGCGUUGGAUGCUCUCACGCGCUGUCUGCUGAUGAACCCUCAUGCGCGUGCGGUCUUAACUUUGGGCGCUCAGUAUUGGCUGCACGCGGGAAGUCGCGCGGUGGAGCUGCACGGUAAUGAAUGUGUAUCAAUCCGCCCUGUUCUGUUCUGGCAUCAUCUGCCACACCGAGGACGUGAUAUUAACACCAGAAAAGUGCGAUAGAGACGUGACAGCAUGAUCCUUCUGUUCGGUGCAUUAAAGCCCCUGCUUUUCCUCAUUGUCUUCGGACUGUAUCCAUCCAUGACAAUUGGUCCCAAGGAAGGAUGGCAGGUGUAUAGUUCGGCACAGGAUGCAGACGGACGCUGUAUCUGCACAGUGGUCGCACCGGAACAAAACUUCUGCUCCAGGGAUGCCAAGAGCAGACAGCUCCGACAGCUGCUGGAGAAGGUGCAGAACAUGUCUCAGUCCAUUGAAGUCCUGAAUCUGCGCACGCAGCGCGAUUUCCAGUAUGUCAUGAAAAUGGAAAAUCAAAUGAAAGGGUUACGGACCAAGUUCCGGCAAAUUGAAGAAGACAGGAAAACUAUAAUGGCCAGAAACUUUAAGGAGCUGAACGAUCGUAUGGAUGAACUUCAGCCAUUGAUUCCUGUGCUGGAGCAGUACAAAACAGAUGCUAAGCUGAUCUCUCAGUUUAAAGAGGAAAUCAGGAAUCUUUCUGCUGUGCUGACGGGCAUCCAGGAAGAGCUGGGAGCUUAUGACUAUGAGCAGCUCUAUCAGAGAGUCCUCAGCCUGGAUAGCCGUCUACGAAACUGCAUGAGCAAACUCACAUGUGGGAAAUUAAUGAAAAUCACCGGCCCUGUGACGAUAAAGACAUCCGGGACGCGGUUUGGCGCAUGGAUGACCGACCCUCUAGCAUCUCCAAGAAAUAACCGGAUUUGGUAUAUGGACACUUACACCAACAGCAAGGUGGUUCGAGAGUAUAAAAGUAUUGAAGACUUCAUCUCCGGUCAGGAAUCGCGAACCUAUUACCUUCCCUUUAAAUGGGCUGGAACCAACCAUGUGGUCUAUAAUGGCUCUCUGUACUACAACAAGGAGCAGAGCAACAUCAUCGUCAAAUACAGCUUCGAGACCGGACGGGUUCUCGCCCAGCGUGCCUUGGAGUACGCCGGCUUCCACAACGUCUACCCCUACACCUGGGGAGGCUUCUCGGACAUCGACCUGAUGGCGGACGAGCUGGGUUUGUGGGCUGUGUACGCCACCAAUCAGAAUGCAGGAAACAUUGUGAUUUCUCAGUUAGAACCGCAGACGCUGGAGGUUCUCCAGACGUGGAACACGGAAUACUCCAAAAGGAACGCGGGAGAGUCGUUCAUGAUCUGCGGCACGCUGUACAUCACCAAUUCCCAUCUGACCGGAGCCAAGGUGUAUUAUUCCUACAACACAAAGACCUCGACGUACGAGUACAUGGACAUCCCGUUCCACAACCAGUACUUUCACAUUUCCAUGCUUGACUAUAACGCUCAAGAACGGGCGCUUUACGCCUGGAACAAUGGACAUCAGGUCAUUUUCAACGUCACGCUUUUCCAUGUCAUCAAAACCGAAGAUGAUUCCUAAUGGACAUACGGUCUGGAUAAACGAAACUUAUUUAAUGUUAUUUUCUACACGUUCAUGGUUCUUUUCCCAAAUAUUAAUAAGACAUGUCGCCUUUACUUCACCACAGACUACGGUUCGAAUUGAGCGUCGUCUCGCCGUAGGACUGAUGACAUAUAAAGACUUGAUGCAAUGCCAAUACGAACAGAACGACUUUUGCUUUUUUACUCAUCUGCUCUGAAAGUUAGGUCUUACUUGCAAUAUGUGAGCCACAGAUCGCUCAACAGCAUGAAUGUCUGAUUCUUUUGCCAUCCUUUAUGUGGUAUUUGUACAUCAGAAAUCCCAUUUUCUUAUAUAGUGAUGUACUUUUGGAAACAAUAAUUUGUCCAGAAUCUCCUGGUAAUUUCUUGUUGUGUCAAGUGUAGUUGUACAAACUGUAGAGCUCUGAAUGUGAACCUAUGUAAAUGAUUGUAACAUUCAUUGUCACUGUGAGAGGAAAUAUUUUAUAUUAAAUCUAGAACAAAACAAUAAAUCAACUGGAAUGAAGCCACAAAUCUACAUCCAUAAAUGUAAACAACAGAACAGAAAGGAGCCAUGUGCGAGUGCGACAGAGCAAUUUUGUCGGAAUUCAGCCAGAAUUCACGGGGGUUAUAAUGAGGUCAUUUGCUGAUGAUUGUGACAAGCCCGAAUGCGGUUGCGUUCACAUUAAUUUACGGGCAGCCCUUCUCACUUGAUGACUUUGAAUGCUGUCCUUUGGCAUUUUCAAUCAAGAUCAAGGGCACAGGAUCUGGGGGGACGAUUCCAACUCCUCUCUGCAAUUUCCUCUCCCUUCAUUUCUGUGUCAAGCGUCCCUGUCUGCUUGGGCACUGGGAAUUUAAAUGCACUCUUACCACCAUCAAUUCAACUCUGGGAAUUGAUCACCCUCUGGGAUUUACUACUGCUGUUUCCUCCCAUCACGCCCAGUGCAUCUCUUAUGAAUAUUUGCUUACAACAAGUUUGCCUAGUCUUGCAAUAGAUCUGCAAUCAUAAAGUUUAAAUUGCUUUUUAGUUUUGAUGUUUUUUGAGCUUAGAGUUUCAAUUACAAACCUAAUUAGAUUUCCCCCAAAUAUAGUUCAAAAUCAUAAAAGCAGUCCAUAUGACUUGUUGUGCCCCAUAUUUAGCAUUUUCUGGAGGUUUUUGUUGUUGUUUUUUCUUUAUUUAUUAAAAAUAGCUUCUUCUUUUUUUCCCCCUGCAUUAGAAAGUCACAAUUUCCUGUGGGUCUAUAAAAAGUCCAUUAGAGUUUUGUAUUUUUUUUUUUUUCGACCACAUUAUGAGGCCUAUUUCACAAUUGCAUAAAACUAAUUGGCUCAGCAGAGGAGUAAUAUCAAUAUGAAUAUAAAUAUUUAAUACUGUUUUAUCAGAUGAUAAAGCCAGUACAGAUUGCUAUUCACAUUAUCUUUUCAGCAGUCACCUGAUAGUGUAUUGUGCUCCACAUUGCAACUCAUUUUAAAUUCCAGAGAAUGUGCAAAAAAAAAAAAAAUGAGAAACUCAGUGGCAUGCCAUACUAUUUCUAUUCUCCACCAUUGCACUGAUAUUUAUAGACUACAGGAAAAACUUGCCAGUGGAAGAAACACAAAUAGUUUUACAUACUGUAAAUCCUAAAUGAGACUUACAGUAUAUUUGCAUUGCAUUGAUUUAGUUAAUUAUGAGAACAAUACUUUCUUAUAUACUUAAAUACUUUCUCCGUUCACGCUCUCUCUUCACACACUAGUCAAGAAAUGGAGUCUGAGUUUGAAAAGAAAAAGAAUGCCAGAAGGGAGGCUGCAUGAUAAAUAAACAAACUUCUGACUUUUCAGUGACUUUUAGAAACCGUUCUUAUUUUUAUUGAGUUCUUACACACCCUGAGUCUAUUAUAUAAUGAGAAAAAAAAA